AAAAGUUGACGCCAAGGACAUAAGAAACUUUCUGGGAAGCAUGGGAAUUGCACUCACUGAAAGAGAAGAGUUGAAGCUGUUAAAAUCUCUGCCCAUUGCUAAGGAUGGAACCAUCUAUAAGAAAAGAUUACUGAGCGGUGUGGUGCCCAUCAAAGGGAAAAAAGUCCACUACUCUAAGCUGCCACUCAUUUUGAAGGCUGCAGAAUUUGAACUUGAGAAGGAAGACUGUGAGGACCUGAUGAAUCAUCUGCCUUUGGAUGAAAAUGAAAUGGUUGAUUUAAAUGUGUUAAUAAAUGAAGCAAAAGCUUUUACUGGGAAGAAGGUUGGAGUCGAUAAUGUAAAGCAUGUGCUGAGGAAAGUGGGGCUGGUGCUCCCCAACAAAGCAUACAAGGAUCUGCAGAGAUUCCUGGCAGUUUAUGAGGGUGGGAAGAUAUAUAAGAAACGGCUGCUCAAGUGUGUAAAGAAUCUCAAAGGGACACAGAUCAAAAUAAAAAAAGUAGAAUCUUUCUUGGAAAACCUGGGAAUUAAGAUGAAAGAUGAGGAACUUGAAGAACUAAUGGCCCAGCUACCAUCUGAGGGUAACAGAACAGUGGAUGUAAAUGAACUGAUCGAUGUCGUCAGUUAUAUCAAGGGAGAAACCAUUGACAGCCAGAACUUGGAAAAGUUCCUGGCAAACGAGGGGAUCGAGCUCACCGAGGACGAGAUGAAGGACCUGAUGCCUUACCUGGAAUUUGACGGAAACGGGAAGGUUACCAUCCGAUCCAUAAUGGAGGGCCUGAGGAAGUUUAAACCCAAAGGAAUGAUGAAUCUGCACAAGCUGUUAAGAACUGCCAGCAGCAUGAACGAAAGAGUCUCUGGCCCCAUGGCAGUUUCAGGAAUUAAAUCAACACUGAAGCUGAAGCCCCUCAAAGCACCCGCCUUUCACAAAAGAGAUAAAGAUUUACGAGGAUCUCUUCCAAGUCAUUUACAGCAUAAAGAUACGAAGCUGAGCUCUUCACAACUGGAAGCCUUCCGAAAUGCUUACAACUUCUUCACCAAGGAUAAGACUGGCUGUAUUGAUUCACAUGGAUUGAUGAGCACCUUAGCUAAACUCGGGAUGAAUCUAAACACGUAUGAUAUCUACAAUGAAUUAAAAUGUGCUGAUCUUGACAGAGACGGUAAGAUCAACUUCUCGGACUUUGUAGGGGUGCUGACAGAUAAGAAACUCUUCCUCAAGGCUGUGGUUCCCGAAAAGAAACUGUGUUUGGAUUUAGCUAACAACCCCGGGAUCUUAUUAUUUGAAAUCCUAUCAAAACUUGUAGAGACUUCAUCCCUGCACAGAAAGGAUGUAAUAGAGCUAGUAAGCUAUUUCCGAAAAAAAUUCCAGGAAAGCCACUCGGAAAUGCCAUGGAGUCCGUACGGGAGAAGGGGCUUUAGGCCAGAUAUAUGCACUCCUCCGCGCUCGAGCACUGCUGCCUUUGCCAAUUCUGCCAAGAUCUCGAUAAUGAAAGAAAAGGAUUUGUAUAAGUUCCUUGAAGCACUCAAGCGGUGUGAUCUCCCUACAGGUAGCCCGUACUCAAAAAUACCUGUCUUUCCCUUGUUCCCUGAUGUGGACGGGGUGGUGAUGGGAAAGCCAUUCAAAGACAUACAGAAGCUAGAGAUGCUGAAGAAAAAGGAACCUCUGAGUUUCUUCGAGGACUAUUUUUUCCAUAAAAGAGAUUGGAAAGCACAGGCCGCGUCUGUGAAGCCCGUCAGGUCCGCCUCAGGCUAUUCAGAUGACAUCCUAGCCAUCGACCACCUCUUCAAGAAGAAGCAGCACUGGACCGUGUCCGAUGCGGCGACCCUCAAACAGCACGUAAAGAGAGCCACAGAUGCCUAUAACUUAGGAAUUGCCCUCGAGCACCGGAAAGAAAUGCUGAAUCUUUGGAGAAAGAUCCGAGGGGAUUUGAUUGGGAUUGAGACCAACAACGAGUCCUUCUACAACACCUUCUCCACGUACACAUGGUCCUGGAACGUCUGCCAGGAGCUGCUUUCAGCUAAGGACUUGCGGCUGCACGACAGCUACGUGAACAAAAGCUCCUCCAGCAAUUCUGGGUUUUCUUCCCCAUCAGACCUCAGCGAGUAUGACUUGGAGACAGGACGGAAAAGGAAACGGAAAGGUUUCAGAGGGUUUCGGCAAUGAAAUGUCUACAUUUUCUAAACAACGCUUAGAAAACUGCUUUCCAAACUUAUCAAAAUUAUGGUUUCUUGCUUUUAUCGACUACAUUCUUAGCAGGUGGAAAUUUUGACAUCUUUUGGAUUCUCUCCAGUAAAAACCUUUAAAUCAUAGGAUGGCUUCUCUCCCCAUGGUUUCUCUGCCCCAAAUCUUUGCUACUUAAAAGUAGUUCCUCUAUUAUUAGAGCCAGUUGCCCUCUGCUACUCCCACUCAGCUCAAAACAGCCAAGACAGCAUCAGGAAGGGGGAAAAGGAGGCCUAGGUUCCUAAGGGCCCUCCAUGCAAUAAGCAUCUGAGUUUGGGGUGACUGUAAAGGAGAUGGGGUUUUUGAAUGUUUGUGGAAGACUCCAGAUUCAGAGGACAGCAACUGUGGGGUAUAGAACCAGCACACCCUCUGCCCCCAACGAAAGAACCCCAUGACAUUUAGGAAUUCCUAAGGCACACCUUUCACUUGGAUUGCUCCUGCAAAUAACUGAGCUCAUAUAUUACAUUAAAAAUGCACAUAGCUGGGCAGUGGUGGCACACGCCUUAAAUCCCAGCAUUCAGAAGGCAGGGGCAGUUGGAUCUCUUGAGUUCAAGGCCAGCCUGAUCUGCAGAGUGAGUUCCAGGACAGUCAAGGCUACAGAGAGAAACCCUGUCUCAAGAAAAAUAAAAAGCAAACACAUAACUAUAUUGCAAAUUUGUGGCGGUAUCAUGAUAUUUUGUAUUGUGCAUGUGUGUGAGCUGUACAUGCACGUGUGUGAGUUGACCAGGUAGUGUUAAGCACGCUGGUGUGUGCAGAGCCUAGAGGGGAUGUCAAGGCAUCUUCUGAAAUCCACUUCUCCAUUUUGCUUUCUGGGUCUUUCACUGAGCCUGGAGCUCAACAUUUCUGCUAGACUCCAGAAUCUGCCUGUCACUGUCUCUGCCUCCAUGCUAAAAGCCACCGCACUCAAAUGUCUGCAUGAUGCCAAGGCUUGGAAGUCAGGUCCUCAUGCUUAGACAGCAAACAUUUUACCUGCUGAGCCAUCUCUUCAUGCUGGGGGGUCAUGACUUUUAUGGUAAUAAAACUUAACUGUA